AUAAAACUGUCUUCCAUAAAUACGGAUUCUUGUGUGUUGGACUCUCUGCUACAACUUUGGGGCACAGCCCAACAUUACAUGGUGUCAGAAGAAUGGAUUUAUUUCGACCCCCACGACCACUCGUCCUGCAAGUGAGCCAGAUGAUCUGGAGGAGGUGCUGGAACAGUUUAGAAUAUAUUGUACUCCCAGAAAGAAUGUUAUAUUUGAACGUUAUUCAUUUUGGAACCAUCCCUGGAAACAUGGAGAUACCAUAGAUCAAUUUGUGACUGAGAUGAAAUUAAAGGCAAACAGUUGUGAAUUUGGCUCUGUAUGCAAGGAGUUGAUUAGAGACAAGAUUGUUUUUACUGCAACAGAGAAGUUAAAGGAGAGACUUUUGAGGGAACCAGACCUGACUCUUGAGAAAGCAGUGCAAAUAUGUCAAGUAGCUGAAGUAACAGCAACCCAGCUGCAAACCAUGACAGACUGCUCCAAGCAAGUAUACAAAAUGUCUAUGGCAAAGAAGGAUUACGAAGAAAAGCCCGUUCAGACACUUGGGCAUAAGAAGUCACCUUCUGGAUACAGACAUGAUGGUGCAAGGAAUAAAGAAUGUUCUCAGUGUGGCAUAAUUCAUAAGCCUCAAAGGUGUCCAGCUUUUGGAAAAACUUGUUACAAGUGUGGAAAGAAAAACCAUUUUGCUAACAUGUGUGUCUCAAUGUCAAUGAGUUAUAAUAGAGGACAACAAAAACAUCAAGUGUAUAAUUUAGAGUUGCAUAGUCUGUUUAUAGGAGAGUUGUCUCAGAAUAUAAUGGAAUUUGAGUAUUGUCGAGCCCCAGGAUGGUAUGCAGAUGUGAAUUUAAGAGGGCUUAUAGUAAAGUUUAAGCUGGAUACAGGUGCUGAAGCAAAUGUGUUGCCAAUUAAGAUAUUUAAUGAGUUACCAGGUCAGAAGGUAUUAACCAAAAGUGAAACGACUCUUGUAGUCUAUGGGGGAGUACAAAUAAAGCCGCUGGGCACUAUUGUUAUUCCAGCGUAUACGGGAAAGAGAGAAGUGAAACUAUUGUUUUAUGUGACUGAUAUAUCAACCCUUCCAUUGCUAAGUAGGGAGGCUUGUGAGAUUCUGGAUUUGGUUCGUCGUGUUGAUGUUAUAAGAUCAGCUGAAUUUGUAUCAUGUGAACAGUUGUUUACAUUGUAUUCUGAUGUUUUUGAAGGUCUUGGUGAAUUUGAAGGUCCUUAUCAUACACAUGUUGAUACAACAAUUCCCCCAGUGAUACAUGGCUGUAGGAAGGUACCAUUUGUAAUACAAGACAGGUUAAAAGAGACUCUAGAACAAAUGGAAAAUGCAGGGGUGAUAACUAAAGUUGUGGGACCUACAGACUGGGUAAAUAGCCUAGUUAUCACAGAAAAGAAAAAUGGGAAGUUGUGUAUAUGUCUUGACCCAUGUGAUUUAAAUAAGGCAGUUCGCAGGCAGCAUUAUACAAUUCCGAUGAUAGAUGAUGUAUUGGGUCGGUUAGCUGGAAUGAAUUUUUUUACAAUUGUAGAUGAAAAGGAUGGUUAUUGGCAGGUGAAAUUAGAUGAACCCUCAUCACGUUUGUGUACAUUUAAUACACCAUGGGGAAGACAUUGUUUUAAUUGCUUGCCAUUUGGACUUAAAUCUUCCAGUGAUGUGUUUCAACAAAAAAAUGAAGAGACUUUUGGACACAUAAAAGGAGUAUAUAUGAUUGCUGAUGACAUGAUCAUAGCAGCUAGAACCUCUGAGGAGCACAAUCAGAUUUUGCAUCAGGUAAUGGAGACAGCAAGGGCAAAGAACAUUAAAUUUAAUAAGGAGAAGAUCCAGUUUAAAGUUGACUCAGUGAAGUAUAUGGGACAUAUAGUAUAUGGGACAUAUAGCUCAGGGGGUUAAAGUAGAUGAAGAGGAAGUGAAGGCUAUUCGUGAGAUGCUACCCCCAUGUGAUAGACAAGGCGUUCUUAGGUUUCUAGGAUCUGUCCAAUAUUUGUCAAAAUAUAUUCCUAGGGAGGCGGAGUUGACUGCCCCUCUGAGAAAUUUGUUGAAAAAGAAUGUGUUAUUUCAGUGGAUGCCAGAACAUCAGAAGGCUUUUGAAGUAGUUAAACAGCAGUUGUGUCAGGCACCUUUACUUCAAUAUUUUGAUGUCAAAAAAUCAGUAGUUGUGCAGGCAGAUGCGUCAAAAGAUGGUCUGGGAGCAUGUUUGCUUCGAGAAGGCAAACCAGUGACUUAUGCUUCUAGAUCUCUUAGUUUAUCAGAACAGAAUUAUGCACAAAUAAAGAAAGAAUUGCUGGCUGUGUUAUAUGCUAUGAGAAAAUUUCAUCAAUAUGUAUUUGGUAAAGUUGUUUUAG